AUGACAGAGGCUACGGACAUCGGGAGAGAGGAAAUCGAGGCUUGGCUUCUCGAGUAUCACCGUGCCAGUGGAAGCCUUGACGCAGAUUCAUGGCUUGAUAAUUUCUACACAGAAGAUAUCAGUUUGCAGUAUGCAAACCUCCCUAUUCUUUCCGGGGCCAGUGUUCGACAAACUACGUUGGUCCUCGCAUUUACCAGGCUGCGACGAUCAGUAACUACUCCACAGUUCAUUAUCGGAACAGCUGGACCUAGUACAAGUUGUGCAACGUCUGACAAUGCUGACAUGUUGGCAAGCACGAUAAUGGUUGUUUCAAGGGGGUGA